CCAUGAAAUAAUCCAUCUCGUUCUACUUUUGUACUCUAAUAGACCUGAACUAAAAUAGUCACCAAAGCCACAAUGUGCUUGCUCGCUAAAUCACCUUCCAAGUUAUUCCGAGCCCUGCUUAUUCUCAUAUUUCUCUCUUCUAUAUCUUUGUUCAUCAAUUCUUCUGCUUUUGCUGCAACUUCAGUCUCUGCCGAUGCAAAGAGUGAUGAACUAGCUAAAGGUGGGAAGGAAGCUGAUUCUCUCUUAAAAUGGAAAGCCAGUCUUGACAACCAAAGCCAAUCUGUUUUAGAUUCUUGGGUUGGCAGCAGGCCUUGCAAUUGGGAUGGGGUUACUUGUGAUAGCUCUGGAAGUAUCACCAAUUUGAGCCUCAUUAAUUUAGGCUUAAGAGGUACGCUACAUAGUUUCAAUUUUUCAUGCUUUCCCAACCUUUUAAGUCUUGAUAUUUCGAACAACUCAUUGCAUGGGACCCUUCCAUCGCAUAUCCUUAAUCUCUCUAAAAUUACCUCAUUGAACUUGUCCAUUAAUCAUCUCACAGGAAAUAUUCCAUAUGAGAUAGGUAUGCUGACAGAUCUUUCUAAGCUCGAUUUGUCAAGUAACAAUCUCACAGGUUCAAUUCCUAUUUCCAUAACAAAUUUGAAAAAUCUAUCCAUUCUCUCCUUGUGGGGUAAUAAACUCUCUGGUUCCAUACCUUCAGAAAUUGGGUUCUUAAAAUUUUUAAAACGACUUGAGCUAUGGAAUAAUAGUUUAACCGGUGCAAUCCCUCCUUCCAUUGGAAAAUUGAGAGAGUUAUCAAUUCUUUACCUUUUUGACAACAAACUCUCAGGAUCCAUCCCCCUUGAAAUUGGGAUGCUUAGUUCUCUUUCUGAACUAUAUUUGGAGAAAAACGAAUUCACAGGUUCAAUUCCUACUUCCAUAACAAACUUGAGAAAUUUAUCUAUCCUCUACUUAUGGGGCAACAAACUCUCUGGUUCUAUACCUUCAGAAAUUGGGUUCUUAAAACUUUUAAAAGAACUUGAGCUAUCGAGUAACAGUUUAACUGGUGUAAUUCCUCCUUCCAUUGGAAAAUUGAGAGAGCUGUCUUUUCUUCAUCUUGGAGGCAACAAACUAUUAGGAUCCAUCCCCCAUGAAAUUGGGAUGCUUACUUCUCUUUAUGAACUCGAUUUAUCAGAAAAUAAUCUCACUGGUUCAAUCCCUAAUUCAAUAGGAGAACUUAAAUCCCUUAACACGUUGGUAUUGUUAUCCAACCAACUCAACGGUUCGCUGCCUUUGGAAUUCAAUAAUCUUACUCGUUUGAAGUCAUUGCAAUUGCAUGGGAAUGGAUUCACUGGUUAUUUGCCAGAAAAUGUAUGCCUUGGAGGGUUACUUGAAAAUUUUUCUGCUGGCAGUAAUCAUUUCUCAGGUUCGAUCCCCAAAACCUUGAGAAACUGUACUACCUUAUUUAGACUUAGGCUUGAUUGGAAUCAAUUAACAGGGAACAUUUCAGAAGAUUUAGGGAUAUACCCACAUUUGAAUUACAUUGAUUUGAGUAACAAUAGAUUGCAUGGAGAGCUUUCGUGGAAAAUGGGACAGUGGAAAAGCAUCACAAGCCUAAAAGUUUCAAACAAUAAUAUCUCUGGUAGUAUACCAUUUCAACUUGGAAAUGCUACUCAAUUACAUUUGAUUGACCUUUCCUGGAAUCAUUUGCAAGGGCAAAUUCCUAAAGAAUUGGCGAACUUGAAACUGUUGUUCAAAAUUUAUCUUAAUAACAACAAUCUUUUUGGCGUUGUUCCUUUAGAUUUGAAGGUGCUAUUUAAUCUGGCUGAACUUAAUUUAGCAGCAAAUAAUCUAAGUGGUUCAAUUCCUGGACAACUUGGAGAACUUUCACAUUUAUUGAUCUUGAAUUUGAGUGGCAAUGAAUUUACGGGAAGUAUUCCGUUCGAGUUAGGGAAUCUACAUUUUCUAGAAAUUCUUGAUCUUAGUCACAAUUUGUUGAUGGGACAUAUGCCACAACAACUUGCGCAAUUGAGAACUCUAGAAGUGUUGAAUCUCUCUUAUAACAUGCUUUCUGGUUCGAUUCCAACCAAUUUUGAUGAUUUUUGGAGCUUGACUGAUGUGGAUAUAUCCUACAAUGACUUAGAAGGUCCUAUUCCUGAUGCUAAAGCCUUUCGUGAGGCUCCAUUUGAGGCAUAUAGAAACAAUAAAGGCUUAUGUGGUAAUGCUAGUAGUCUAAAGGCUUGUACGUCUAUCAAAAGUGGUAGAACUCCGAUUGUACUUCCUGUUUUGGCCGCUAUGUGUCUGGUGUUCUUAAUUGGAGGUCUCCUGAUUCUCCACCGACUUAUAAAAAGAAAAGCCCCAUCAAGGGAAUCACGAGAUAAACACAUAUUGGUGAUACCUGGAGAUGAUCAGGAAUUACAACAUGAAAAAAUCAUUGAGGCCACUGAGGAUUUCAACUCCAACUAUUGCAUUGGAGCAGGCGGAAGUGGAUUCGUUUAUAAAGUUGUGCUGCCAUCAGGUCGAGUGUUUGCUGUGAAAAAACUUCAUCCAUUACAGGAAGACAAGUCAGAGAACUUGAAAGCUUUUGAAAGAGAGAUUCAAGUGUUGUCAGAAAUUCGGCAUCGAAAUAUUGUGAAGUUACAUGGUUUUUGUUCACAUUCAAAGCACUCUUUUUUGGUUUAUGAGUUCAUGGAAAGGGGGAGUUUGAGAAGCAUUUUAACAAGUGAAGAGCAAGCAGCAGAAUUGGAUUGGAUCAAAAGGCUAAAUAUUGUCAAAGGGGUGGCCAAUGCUUUAUCUUAUAUGCACCAUAAUUGCCCGUUUCCAAUCAUUCAUCGGGACAUUUCUAGCAACAAUAUUCUCUUGGAUUCAGAUUACGAGCCUCGCAUAUCUGAUUUCGGCACAGCUAGGCUUUUAUUACCUGACUCAUCCAGUAUAACCUCAUUUGCUGGUACCUUUGGAUACACAGCUCCAGAAUUAGCCUACGCAAUGCAAGUAAAUGAAAAAUGUGAUGUGUAUAGUUUUGGGGUGACAAUACUGGAAUUAGUAAUGGGAAAGCAUCCAGGCAACCUCAUCUCAUCUCUUUGGUCAUCAGCAUCUUCCUCAUCACUGCAUGAUCGGCAUAAAUUUUUAGAGGAUGUGAUAGACCAACGUCUUCCACUUCCUCAAAAUCAAGUUGCAGAGGGCGUUGUCUACAUUACCAUGUUAGCAUUUUCAUGCUUGCAUAUCAAUCCCAAAUCUCGGCCUACAAUGCAACAAGUUUCCUCGAAGCUGAUUCCUAAGUAUCCUCUAAUUUCAAGGUCAUUCUCCGCAAUAAAAUUAGAAGAACUGUUUCCCGAAAGUAGUGCCAACGUUUGAAUAUUUUCUUGCAAGUUGGUAUAGAUGUGUCUGUCAAGUAUUCCUUUCCUUUUAUAUUUUCUUACUUUGUAAUAUAUUUCUUUGGCUUUUUUUUAAUAAGCUUGGUGCUAAUAGUUUGAUUAUAUGUCCGAGUAAUGCACCUUGGCAUCAGUAGCAAUCGUCAAUUCCAUUAUUAAUAAUCUGUCAACUCUACCGCAAGGAGCAUCACAAUCUGAAGAUUUCUAUGCUUACUUUUGAGUUCUUGCCUUUGGUUUUUAGCGUUCAGUUGUGUUUUGUUGUUA